UGAGUCUCCAAAAGCAGCACAACUUCAGUCCCAACAAAACUUUCGAGCCGUAAAGUCGUUGCAAACGUGUCAAGCGGAAACUGAGUUUUUGAUCUGCGCUUUGAGUCGUUCUCAUUUUUCUGUCUAACAUAAUUAUUAAUAUUGUUUGCCAAAAGGAUACGCAGCGAAAAACAAAAGUCUAAGCCAACGAACGUGCCACACAAUGAAGACGCCCCAAACAAAGGAAGCUCUGACAGCGCUUUGGCUGCUGUUCAUUGCGUUGCUACUCACACAGGUUGCCGCACAGGAACCGCCAGCAGCUCCCAGCGAAUUCGCUCCCCAUGUCACAGCCACCUGCAAAGCGGGCACAAUGAACAUCAAGGUGAAGUUCAGCUCUGGCUACACGGGCGCUGUCCAUGCGCGGGAUCAUCGCACACAACCCUGCAUGGCCAUGGGCGAUGGCAGCGAUUCGGUUGCCUUCAGUCUCAAUCUGUGGGCAAAGCAAGGAGCACCCGACUAUUGCGGGAUCUUGGUCAGCAACGUGAGUGGAAGCAAUCGCACUGAGGAACGUUCUAUUCAACUGGCGGUGCGUGUGCAUAAAACUCUGGAACUGGCGGAUGAUAAAUUUUAUGUGAUUACCUGUGGCAAAUCGGGAUUCACUCGUGAUGACAAUGCCCAUGUUGUGAUCAAGUUUCUGGAAAAUGAUCAUCGCGUGCGUGAUGCAGUCUAUGGGCGUGAAUAUAAACUACGCGUUGAGUUCUCCAAGCCAAAUGAUACCUACAGCCUACGUGUGGGCAACUGCUUUGCCUUCGACAAAAAAAAUAUGACCCUCAAGUUGACUGAUGACCGCGGCUGUCCCAUCGAACCCGAUCUUAUGAGUCGCUUUGUGCCCACUUCUGAUGGCCGUGCAGCAGAGGCAACAGUUACAUCCAUGUUCAAAUUUCCCGAAGGAACUGAAGUCCAUCUGCAAUGUGAUGUCAUUCAGUGUUAUGGUCGGUGCGUUGAGAUUGACGAUUGUCACGAGGUUGCUCUAGCCGGUUUCACCAAGGGCGGCAAUGGGCCACGUCAAUAUGGACCUAAUGAGGAAGGAUCCAGCAUUGCGGCCACAACGGUAUACGUUUUAGAUCCUGCUGAAGCCAGACUAUUGGCACCGUCUUGCGAGGAAGGUGUACGACCAAGCUGGUUGCUGUGGCUGACCAUUACCCUAGGAGUUCUGUUCCUUAUCAUGUUGCUGAUGAAUAUUUUCCUCUGCACUGCCAUGAGUUGCAGUUGUGCCAACACUGAGAUCAUUGAGAAGGAGCCCUCUAUCAUCGAAGAGUACGAUCCUUAUCGCAGUUGGCAUGGCAGUCAGUAUGGCUCCCGCUAUUCGCUGCAUGGCCGCGAUGCGCAUAAGGGCUAUACUAGUGGCGGCUCAACGAUACACUCUAAUAGGUCUAUACCAAUUGAUAACGAUUAUGCAAUUGUACAUUCACGACCCGGCUCUAGACAUUCCUCCACGUUGCAUGGACAGCGUGCGCAUCGCGGACCGCCCAGUAAUAUUUAAAAAGAAGCUAUAUAUAAUUAAUUCAUAAGUCAAUUGUGACAGUUUCAAUGCUUAACUUACACACUUAAAUACUUUAGCAUAUUGGAGAAUAAUUAUUUUAUCUUCAUUUUCUCGACUAAGCUUACAAUGUACAUAUAUAACUCAAAGUGUUCAUUCAAUUUUUCCAAAUUCUUUCAUUGGAAGUGAUUCUGCUGUAAAAUACUAAAUGAAAAAUCAAUAAUUUAACAUUAAUUAAAGAUAAUAUAUUGAGAAAUAACAAAUAACCGUAAGUCAUUAGUCUGUCAUAAGUGGAAGUGAAUGUGUACUAGUGUUAGUGUUAAACAUCGAUGUAAAAACGAGAAAUCCAUUCACAAAAUUUCUAAAACAGAAUUAGUCCUAAGUACUAAGAAACCAUUUCGAAUUGUUUAACGUUAAUUAUAAGAACUGUAAUAAAUUUUAAAAUAAAAAAAAAUGACCUGUAACUUAAAAUCAUGUUAUUCAAUACCGUAAUAAAGUAAUUACAACUCAAUAAA